GUAACGCUAGUUAUGUAUGCAAAAUGUUAUUUGUUCUGGUAGCGAUUGCCAUUCUGAGCCAAUGUACAGCCACGUCCACCAUCAACAUGCCCGUAACCACACAGGACAUCAUUGCCGGUGACGUGUUCUUCGAAAUCAUUUCGCCGCAAGAUCUGGAAUACACUUACCGCCUGCGGCCGGCUAAGGACUUCGGUGCCUCAUUCAAUCAGAAACUGGAAGGUGUACCCUUGGUACUGGCCGAUCCGCCUGAGGCUUGCCAACCGCUUCGCAAUGGGAGAGAGAUGCAUGGCAGCAUUGCUCUCAUGGAUAGGGGCGAGUGCUCGUUCCUUACCAAAACACUGCAUGCCGAGGCCGCCGGCGCCAUCGGUGCCAUUAUCACCGAAUAUAAUUCGAAAUCGCCAGAAUUCGAGCUAUACAUUGAGAUGAUUCACGAUAAGACGAACCGUGACACUAAGAUUCCAGCUGGCUUUUUGUUGGGAAAGAACGGCAUGAUCAUACGCAGCACGCUGCUCCGUCUGAAGCGCUUCCAUGCGCUAAUCAAUAUACCUGUCAACUUGACCUUCACCCCGCCAUCCAAAAUCAAUCAUCCCCCCUGGCUGGGCUGGUGACUCUGAAAUAUGCGAAAUUGGCCUCUACCAAAAACCACAACUGAAACUGACAAAAAUAAAAA